AUGACAUGGGUCGGAAUUUUAAAUUUGGAAUUUGGAUACAUUAGUUUAACCUUUUUCGUAUUCUCUAUGAUGGAUACCUUUUCUACUGCUAGUGGUCAUCGCCUUAACCUAGUUUCAAAAGAUUCCUUCGAAAGAACGCGUAAAAAGUUUGAAGCCGACUUCCAGGAAAACUCUUUGGAAAAUAAUCGGUGUUUUUCUAACGCUAAUGAAAAUGGCGUCAAAUCAAAGGACACUCUUAAUAGCGCGAAUAGUUCUUUCAAUUUUGACUUGUUUGAUAGUCCAGUAAAAUCCUUAGGUUUUUCUUCGGCUAAUAUGAAACAGCUAAAGCACGUAUCCACGGAGUCUUUAAUUAAAGCGCGUAGAUCCUUAGGAUUUGAUUCUGAGGACAAUGACAAAAUAUUUGGUGAUUUCACCUUAGAAGAAAAGAACGAAUUAUUGAGUCAACAACCAAACUCUAAAGUCAUUACAGAGCGUAUAAGUUACGAAAAUUGUGUUACAAAGAACGAUUAUAAAAUGUCCGAGUCAUCAACGACACUUUCAACAUUGAAUUUUAAAAAAAGUACACCCAAAUUAAAAAAUCAGCCACAUUCAAAGCGUGUUCAUGAAUCCAAUUUUUUAAAUAAAAUCCAUCCUUUCACCCCUUUAAAGACUAAAAAACCACGAAGAAUAUUGCACCCAAAUUUAUCAGAUAAUUUAAAUAGUCAAUCUCUUCAAAAAUCAAUGGAUCUUGAUCAUCCAUCUCCAAAUCAAAUUCAAAAACUAUUUGAUUUAACAGCACCUGCGAAAAGAUAUAAACUUAAAGAUUUUGUGUCUAAUUAUCCUCACAAAUUUUCACUAUCAAACUUACUCAAACUCAAUAUUCCUCUUGAAGUAAUAGAAAUGACACCUUUACUCGCUGCUUCAUAUUGUUUUACCAAGUCUUGUGAUAAAAAAUGGGAAAAUUCCACAUGGGGUCCUAAUGAAGCAAUAUUUAGUCUUAUUGAAUAUGGAGCUGAUCCUAAUUUGAUUGAUAAGAAAUGGGUUUACAAUCAUUAUCAAUUAAUUGUGUGGAAAAUUGCGAGUUUAAUUCGUUCAUAUGAAAGGGAGAUCAAUUGCGCACAACGUUCUGUACUUAAAUUAAUUAUUGAAGGAGACGGUGAUCCAAGUUGGCCAAUGGUUUUAUGUGUGUCUGGAAUAUACGAAGAAUCCGAUUCAUUAGACAAAACAGAAGAAAUGUCUAAAAUUAAAUAUAGUCUUGAAUUAACUGAUUCUUGGUACAAAAUACGUGCUAUCAUUGACCAGCCACUUCAAAGAGCUAUUUUAAAGUCUAAAAUAAGAAUUGGUUAUAAGUUAGAAAUAUGUGGUGCUAAAAUCGAAUGUAAAUCUACCGGAAUACCGGUCCUUGAAGCUUUAAGCUCAAAAAUUCGCCUUAAACUUUCAGCAAAUUCGACAAAACUUGCUAAUUGGGAUGCAAAAUUAGGGAUUAGAAAGUUUCAUCCAUAUGCGUUAUUACGAAGUCUUUCACCUGAUGGUGGAUUUGUUCACGCAAUCGAUAUAAUAAUACAACGAAAAUAUCCAUUGUUUUUUCGCGAAACUAUGAAAGAUGGUACUGUGGUUGUGCGAGAUGUAAGGAACGAAGAAAAUGCAAGGAAAGAACAUGAAAAGUUAGACAUCAUUAUUUCUCCAAAAAAAUACAUUAUAGAAUUUCAAAGUAUUACUUCCGGUGAAGAGCUUUAUAGACUACUUCAUAAUAAUUUAGAAGCCUUUGAAUUCUCUCAAAAUAUGAAUUCGAAACAAAUCGAAAGAUUACAUGAUUACAUGCAAAGAAAAGAACAGAAAAAAGCAUCAAAAAUGAACCAAUGGAUUUCAGAACAAUUAGAGAUGUUAGAUGGUACUCGAGAUGUCGUCCCAUUUUUUAAAAUUCGUGUAUGUGAUUAUCAUUCCUAUUCCAAUGAUCCUUGUAACAAUGAAAAAGAAGCUAUUAUUACAAUAUGGAAUCCUGAGGAACAUUUAAUUGAUUCUCUACGAGAAGGACAACGUUACCAGAUACACUCAUUAUCAACAGCAAUCAAUCAAAGUCUACCCAUACGAUUGAAUUCAGUUGGACAUUCGACUUUAUGGAAAGAAUUAUCAAUUGAUACGAAUAAAAAACUUUAUGUUCCAAGAAAAAUCACUCUUUGUGAUGAUCUUUGGAAUAAAAAAUGUAAUGAAGAAGUUGACAUGGUAGGAAUAAUUUUGGUUGAAGGAGAACUUAUUACCAGAGGACAACGAUACAACAAACCUAUUCAAAUAAAAAAUGUGAUUGUCACGGAUAGCAGUGGACAAAUAGUACAGAUCGAAAUUAAAAAUCCAUUUUUAAUUUGUAUGAACGAAUUAUUUAAGCCUAAGAAUACUCUCGCUUUCAUCAAUUUACAUUAUCGUGUAUACGAUCCACGACAUUCUGUAUUUAUUCUUUCUACUUGUGAUGAAACCGAAAUCAAAAUAUCACCUCGAGAGAUAUAUUUACAAGAAGCAAAAAAAAAUUUAGAAAAAUGGACAAAAAUUCAUUUUGAAAUUAUUGAAAAAUUAGAAGCAAAAGCUAUAGAAUUGUGCAAUCCCACGUUACCACAUUAG